AUGGUGAUCAUGAUGAACUGUGUGGACGUAAGUGACGGACUAUCGUUCUUCAUCAAGGUGGAUGAACGCGCCACGAUGCGAGAUGCCAAAGUGGCUAUCAAGACGAGCAAUCCAAACACAUUUGGGCACAUCGACUUCAGGUCGUUGUUGCUAUUUGCAGCGAAAGGCCCGGAUGGCGUGUUUUUCCCACUUCGCUCUUCUCGUUUGAGGAAACUGCAAGCUGGCGUCGCAGCCCGUCGUGUAUCGAAGCUGCUUUCGAGAAACCUCGAGCUCGAUGACAAUGCGUCUGUGAGAUCUGAGCUCGGAGAGAAGCUGAGUUUGUCCGACGCCCACCUACUGGUCGUUGUUGGUGCACGGUGUGUCGAGUUCGUCUUGGCUGGAAUCGGACCCAGUAUCUUCCUAGCAACGAUUGAAUUGAAGAGACCCGCGGAGGAGCUGCUACAAGCAAUCACAACAGCAGCCAGCAUUCCUCGCGUGUUCCUGGCUAAGGAGAAGCAUGGCAAAUGA